AUGGGACUCAAUAAGGAACAAGUCAAAGAGAUUGUAGAUCUGUUUAAAAAAUACAAAAACUGCGCAGACAAAAUUGCUCCACAACUUUGCCCCCGUAGAAAUAAUGAAAAUUCUGAUUUUGAUUACGACGAAGAUAGGCCUAACAAUCGAAAAGUAAAAGAUCUUUUGGUAUACAUGGCCGGCAAAGACAAGCCUUUAGAUGACUGGAAGCUACAAAGUAUAUCGUCAAUCGAAGUACAAAUUUACGUGGGCUUGUUUAACAAAUUCGACCCGUGGUUCGAUUACAGCGGACUACUUAACUACGACGAAGUAAAAAAUGUAGUUAAAGCUUUAACUCUUGAAGAAGACGUCAAAAAACAAUUAGUAGACGAAAUAAGAAAAAUAUUUAAAGUCUUAAUGAAAGAUUCAGCUGAAGACUCGUUGAUAUUUACAACGAGUGAAACAAUGUCCGCCCCGUAUUUCUUAAUGGCCUUUUUGAAAGUAAAACCAAAAGGCAGAGGAUUGAACAAACAUCACGUUCAGGAACUAAUCCAUUUUCAUAAGAAUAACAAAAUAAAUGGCGAUCAAAUUGACCCUGUUGCAAUAAGCAAGUUUAUCAAGAAGUUAUCUUUAGUUCAAGAAGAACACGAAGACGUUUUGGUUUUUGAUUCCAGACGAAAGACUCCUUUUCAGUUGCAAGAACUGUUGCUUGUUUUAGCAGAAUACAACAAAGGGGCCAGCGAAGAAAAUGGACCCGUAUAUUCUACCGAUUCAGUUAGAGAUCUUUUAUUGCAUUUCUCUAAUUAUGACGUCGACAAAAACGGUUUACUCAGUAAGGAAGAACUUAAGAAAAUUCAAGAACCUCGAUACCAGAUCGAAGACGUUGACACUACCUUCAAAGAAUUAGAUACUGAAGACGACGAACAUUUGUACAUUACGGAGUUCUUCAUGGCGGUAUUCGUGGAGCGUGACCGAAAAAACGCUAUAAAGGACUAAGUGUUUUAAGUGAA